AUCAUGGUGGUCCUGGUCUUCAACACUACCAUAAGACCUCUGUACCUGCAUGCUGUGGGAUAUGGACUGCCACUGACUAUAGUCAUCAUCUCUGCUAUCACCUACCCAGAUGGAUAUGGUACCACACAACACUGUUGGUUGUCUCUGGAGAGAGGAUUCAUCUGGAGAUUCUUUGGCCCAGUGUGCACCAUCAUCAUCCUCAACGCUUUCUUCUUCAUCAUCACUGUCUGGAGGCUUGCCCAGAAGUUCUCUAGUCUCAACCCUGACCUCUCCAACCUACGCAAGAUCAAGUAAGGAGAGAGAGAGAGAGAGAG